GCGGCGCGUGGCGGGUGCUUCCCGAAAGCGCCGCAGCGCGGCCCUUCACGCUGCCCUGGCCCCUCCGGGCGGUUUCCUCCGGGCGUCAGCCGAGGCGAUCGCGGAGGUGGCGCAGGGCCACCGCCUGGGCUUCGAGUUCAAGGCGGUCGAUGCCGAACAGUCCAUCGGCUUCGAGGGCGGUUCGGCGGACAAGGCGGACAUGGUUGCCGAUAGCGGGGCCCUACUCGGCCCAGGGGGGGAUUGCGACCUCGGGAGCGUGCAGGUCACCCACGUGGCCGAGCUCGAAUCGAGGCUGCUGGGCAUCGCGGACGCGGAGCCGCCCGUGGUGCCUCCCCCACCGGCCUGGGGCCUGGGGCACCGAGAAGGAGCUCAACGACGAGUCGGACGCCCCCGGCUCGGCGUGCGCGGUGGCGGCGGACGCCCCCGAUUGGCUGGCGCCUGGCGUCUGGCUUGCGAUGGAUUUCGUGGCGGAGGCCGAGGCGUUCGCGGAGGGGCUCGCAGCUGGACGGCGCCUGGCUGGGCUGGUGGGGUGCAGGCCGACGUACACGGCGUGGGGCCCAGGUCAUGCCGCUGGGGAGGAUGUGGUCAAUGUGGCCUCGGCGGUGGACCUGGACGAGCCGGUUUCGGAGCGCGUCAGCUCGGCAUUUUUCUCCUUCGGCGACGUGACCACGAGUGACGUUGACGAGCCAUUCGUGGAGGCGGAAGGGGUGCACUGUGACGUGGAGAGCGUCGUGACCGGUACGGCGGGCUUCGCCGUGCCCCCCAGCGGGGUGGUGGGCCUGCCGAGGGCCAGGAGGAAGAGUUCGAGGAGGAGCUCGAGGACCUCGAGGCCGUGCCUGAGGGGCGCAGGGUCUUCACCAGCCCGAGCCGCCUUGUCGUCGAGCAGUUCCUCAACAUGCUGUUCUAGCGCCGCCGCGCGAUGUGCGACUCGGUGUGUGCGGAUGGCGA